AUGCAUUUCGAUCGCUCUUCAUACUUUUUUCUAUGUUUCUCGUUCCUCCACUCUCUCAAAAUACUUAUUACGUGUUCGGAAUGA